AUGUAUACGUGUCACCGUAGUGGAUAUUUCAGCUCUAAGAGCAAAGGUCUUCGCCAUAUAAAGUUGGCAGGAUCAUGUAAAAUAAAUUCUUAUUGCCCAGCUUUCAUAUCUGUUAAAAAUUGUAAAGAGACAGGCCAGUUGCAUGUGAAAUAUUUUCCUACGCAUGUAGGCCACGUCUUUGAAGUAAAACAUCUUCGGCUGUGUGACAAAGAAAAGGAGAAGAUAGCUGGUCAAUUGAUUACAGGUGUCAAAAUUUCAAAUAUUUUGAAUAAUAUUGCAGGCACAUCUUCACCAACUAAGCGUUUGGCAGCAUGGAUACAUGAAAUGUCGGCAUUGGAUCCGAAUCCAAUAUUAAUGUAUAAAUUACCAGGGGAAGGCAGCUCUGAAUUUCCUGAUUUAGAAAAAGAGGAUUUUAUCUUGGGAUUUAUGAAUGAAGCCCAGGAGGAAUUGUUUAAAAUAUACGGAAAUGAAGUGUUGUGCAUUGAUUCUACUCAUGGCACAAAUAAAUACAACAUUCAACUGACCAGCCUGUUAAUUAAAGAUGAUAAUUGGGAAGGCUUUCCUGUUGCUUUUUUAUGGAGUAACAGGCAACAUGAAACAGUUUUUAAAUAUUUUUUUCAAAAAGUAAAAGCUCGGGUUGGAGACAUAAAAGUUAAUGCUUUUAUGUCUGAUGACUAUAAAGCCUUCUAUAACACUUGGUGUGCUAUUUUUAGUAAACCAAACUUUUAUGUUUUAUGUGACUGGCAUAUAAAAAGAGCACUAAAAAAAAGUUUAACAUCUGGAGCAACUAAAGUAGUAAAUGAAAAAAUCCCUGAAAUUUUAAAUAGAUUAUAUGAGCUAAUUAAUGAAACUGAUGAAGCCACAUUCAAAACUUUAUUAAAUAUAUUUGUAUCUAAAAUCCUUUCAGAUGCUGACACAUAUAAUUUUGGUUAUUAUUUUAUCAAAAAUUACUGUAACCGAACAGAGCAGUGGGCAGCAUGUUAUCGCAUUGAUGCCAAAAUCAAUACCAAUAUGACUGUGGAAAGAUGGCACAAAGACUUAAAAUACAAUAGUGAUCUGCAAGGAAAAUGUGGAGGACGAUUGGACAAAGCUAUACACAGCUUAUUGAAAAAUUUAAGGCUAAAGGCUGUAAACUUUCAAGUUUGA